AUGUCGAGUACCCAUCCUGAAGCACGUUUAACUACGGACAACUUGGAAUCCCUGAAAGAGGGUGAGGUAUUUGUUGACAGUGAAACAGGCAAGAAGUAUCGAGUGAAGAAGACAAUCCUUCCGCAUUAUGCUUCUUCAGGACCUUAUGGAUUAGGAGACCCUGAUGACAGGACGUUGCGACGUAUUGAAGCAGAUGUCAUUAUACCUAAUCGGAUGAAUGCUCAGAUCGAGAAAGUAGAGUGUCACGAAUCCUAUCUAGAUCUUGUCAAUUGUAUGAGAGAGAAAGGUGCUGUGAAAGGUUUAAGAAAGUGCCAACCGGAAUUGGGUGUCUUCAAUCAUUGUAAAUUUCUCAAGUUCAACGACACCGAAUUUCGGGAGCGAAUGACAGAGGAAUAUUUACAAGAGCGUUCAGAAGCUCGUCGAACAGGAAAAACUGCACGAGAACGAAUGCUCGAAGAAUACCGUGAAUGGAAGAAAGAGCACGAGACUAGUUGA